CGAUAAUAUGCGUAAAUAGGAGGGGUGAUUCUCGUUGGCUUCCGUCCUCAAAGUGGCAUUUGUGAUCCACGCUGCAAGUGCAACUCGAGUCUUGAUCAUUAGCACUUUCAAAUGUAACAUCUGUGAUAUGUAUGUGUCUUGAUAUCAAGAAAUCCUUAGGUUCUCUUAAUUGUUUACGUAUUUAGUUAAACAUGUCUGAAGGUGAGAAGAUUGUACUAGUGACUGGUGGGACAGGAUUAGUUGGUACAGCUAUUCGGAAUGUCAUUGAGUCAAAUAAAAAUGAAAAUGAGAAAUGGAUAUUUGUAGGCUCCAAAGAUGCAGAUUUAUGUGACAAACAAAGUACGGAGGAAUUGUUUAAAAAACAUAAGCCCACUCAUGUUAUUCACUUAGCAGCUAUGGUUGGUGGCCUAUUCCAUAAUAUGGCACACAAUUUGGAUUUCUUGCGUAAAAAUAUUCAUAUGAAUGACAACGUGCUGCAAACUGCUCAUGAAAAUGAUGUUGUGAAAGUUGUAUCAUGUUUAUCAACUUGCAUAUUUCCUGACAAAACAACAUAUCCUAUUGACGAAUCUAUGGUACACAAUGGACCACCCCAUCCAUCAAAUUAUGGUUAUAGCUAUGCCAAACGUCUUAUAGAUAUUCAAAAUAAAGGAUAUUACGAACAGUAUGGUAGAAUUUAUACUAGCAUCAUUCCAUGUAAUGUGUUUGGUCCAAAUGACAAUUUCCAGCCUAGCGCCAGUCAUGUUAUACCUGGUUUAAUGAGGAGGCUAUACGAUUUGAUAAAAGAUGGAAAUACAGAAGACAAAGUAUUUACUGUAUUAGGUUCUGGUAAACCAUUGAGGCAAUUUAUUUACAGUUUGGAUUUAGCUAAGUUAAUAAUAUGGGUACUGAGAUCGUAUGAUUCUGUGGAGCCAAUUAUAUUAUCAGUUGAUGAAUCACAAGAAGUUACAAUUUCUCAAGUAGCAGAGGCAAUUGCACAGGCUUUUAAUUUCAAAGGGAAACUUGAACACGAUCUGUCUGCAGCAGAUGGACAAUACAAAAAGACUGCGAGCAACGCUAAAUUGCGCAAAUAUUUACCUGAUUUUCAGUUUACACCAUUUAAUCAAGCCAUUAAAGAAACUGUUGAUUGGUACAUAGCAAAUUACGAUCAAGCGAGAAAUUAAUUGAAUAUUUGGUUUAUAUUAAGUCUGGCUGUGUAAAAUGAAAAGAAACGAUGAGACAAACGACUAUAAAUAUAUGAUGUAUAAUAAUUAACGUA